AUGAAGGGUGUUGGGCCUGACGGUGUUGCCCACCCAGGAUCGAGCGGAAUCAAAGUCAUCAUCGUUGGACUGGGAUAUUCUGGAGCUGCGGCUGCUGUCGAAUGCCAUCGCAAAGGUCACGACGUAGUCGUGUACGAACAAUGGCCGGGCAUCUCACAACUUGGCGAUAUUAUCGGUAUCACUGGAAACGCAGCGCAAAUAGUCGCCAAAUGGGGGAACGGCAGUGUUCACCGAAGACUUGAACCUAUUCUGUCCUCGUGGCGAGCGAACAACAUCAGAAGAUUUGACACUGGCGAGAUUCUCUACCCUCAACCCAUGGUGGGCUAUAAUGCUGGCUCUGGUUACACCGCUCCACGUGGUCCUAUGGCGAUUAUUCUGUCGAAUCAUCUCCGAGAUCUUGGGGUCCCCGUUCACUUUGACAAAUGCAUUCAAGAUUACUUUGAGACGGAAACCGACGCUGGCAUCGUGGUCGAGGGCGAAAAGAUAUCUGCAGACUGCGUCAUAGCUUGCGAUGGUGUCCAUUCGAAGGCACGCAGUUUCGUGGUGGGCAUUGACGAUCGGCCGUACCCGACUGGCUAUGCUACCUAUCGAGCUUGGUUCGAUGCGACCGAGGCCAAGAAAAAUCCCAAGCUCGCAUGGAUGUUCGAGGGCGAUUCUGACAAGAUGGAAACAUAUAUUGGAAAUGACAUGCACUGCAUUCUGGGGACAUGCUCAGGGAUGAAGGGUGUGGUAUGGACAAUAACGCACAAGGACGAAUAUGAUAAUGUUGCGGAGUCCUGGUCGUUCCCCGGGAAACACGAGGAUGUGCUGAACUAUGUCAAAGGUUGGCACGAGCGUAUUUUUGACGUUGUUCUGGCUACCCCCAAGAACCAACUGGUCGAUUACAAAUUGGUUUGGCGAGAUCCUCUCCCAAAAUGGGUUUCCGAGCACGCCAGGAUUAUCCUCAUCGGUGAUUCUGCACAUCCAUUCUUACCCACUAGCGCCCAGGGAGCCGGGCAGGCGAUCGAAGACGGAGCCACAAUUGCUAUUUGCCUUGAGCUCGCCGGUAAAACCAAAGUGCCGCUGGCCUUGCGCACAUGCGAAAGACUGAGAUAUGCUCGUGCGUCACUGGCACAACAGAUUGGCAAAGAAACACGGGAGAUCUGGCACAAGACUGACUGGGAGCUUGCUAAGAAGAAUCCUCAGUCUCUGUCUAUGCCUCUUCCCAGCUGGCUAUUCGGACAUGACCCCCAGAGAUAUGCGUAUGAAGAGUUCGAUGCUGCGGCGAGCUCGGUGCAGAACGGGACAGCGUAUGUUCCGAAGAAUAUCCCUCCACAAGGGCAAAACCAUCGAGUGUUUGAUUUCAAGGUGGAGGAUGCGAGCCCAUGGGUCAAAGGGGAAGUACAACCUCGCGCCCGGCUUUGA